GAAGGUUAUGGUUUUCAUUAACUUGUUUCUGGUUGUUGCCUUGUUGGUUAUAUUUAAGAUAUAUCUCAGCAGUCAUAACUCAUAAACGUACUCAUUUCACCUUGUUUCUCAAGUAUCUUCGAGACUAUUCCUUGAAGCUAAUCAGACAGCCCUUAUUAAUUCUUAUUUAUUUAUUAUUACCGAAAUUUAUGGAACAGGGUUGCAAUAUCGGCAUUUAACAUGGCACUGUUCAGCAAUCCCCAACAUGCUGUCGUGGUUUUGACUUUUGCUUCACUUCUUUAUAGUAGAACAUGGGAGGAAAGUGUCAAUUUUGCGAGAGAAAGGGCUCUAGACACACGAAUCUAUGUUCCCGAAAUUUUAGAUGCUUCAAACUAUUUAUCAGAUAAUGAGAUAGCUGACAGAGUAUCUCAGUUUUCCGAGCAAGUGAAAAAUGCCGUAAAUAUUCUCACCAAUAAGGACUGCCUCUUUCACGCAAUGACAAGAUUCCCAGGAUUUUUUUCAUGCUCUGGUGUGGUGUUUGUAUCCCAGAAAAUGGGGCAAUAUGUGAAGAAUAUUUUUAACAUUUUGACGAGAGAUGUUGAAACUAUAAAGGCCAAGGAAAGAAGUGGAGGGAUAGAUUAUCACUUGCUGAAAGAUGGGAACAUAUGUGAGAAUAGGUUUGUGCUCGGUAAGAUAAUAUUGAGAACUCUUCUUUACAGAAAUACUGCAGAAAGAGGAUCCAUAAAAGCCGAAGAAGACGACAAAAUGCAAGUAACGAAUCCACCACAGAAGUCGGUUAUUAAAGAGAUUCCGCAACAUUCCGAUAAGAAUGUGAACGAGAAGAGGAUUUUGAAAGAUAAUAAUCAUGUAAAACCUAAUAAGGGUUCAAAACAAGUUAAGUUACUUGUUAUUCAAUUUGAGAUCAAUUGUUCAACACUUGGUGGUUGA